AUGAAUCUCGAUAUUGCUUCACUUUACUCUGUCAAGGGAUUAGGAAUUUUAGAUAAUGAUGGAAAUAGAAUAAUAUUUAAGUACUAUGAUAAUGAACGCUUUGGAACACAAAAAGCACAAAAAUCAUUUGAAACUAAUUUAUUUAACAAAACACAUAAAGCAAACGGAGAGAUUAUUUUACUUGAUGGUCUUGUUAGUGUUUACCGCUCCAAUGUAGAUGUUAUUUUUUAUGUUAUUGGAAGUGCAUCAGAAAAUGAAUUGAUACUUUUACAAUUAUUGAAUGCUUUUUAUGAAAGUGUUUCAACAAUUCUUAGAAAAAAUGUUGAAAAAAGAUCAAUAUUUGAUAAUUUUGAUACAAUUCUUCUUGUUGUUGAUGAGUUAUGUGAUGAAGGAAUUAUUCUUGAGACAGAUUCUAGUCAAAUAGUUAGUAGAUGUGCCCUUCGUCCCGAUGAACUUGCAUUCGGAGAUCAAUCAUUAUCUCAAGUUGGUAUGAGUAUCAUUGGAAGUGCAAAAGAAUUUAAGUGGUCACUUCUUAAAUAA